AAACUAACUCCGCGAUCCGUCAUUGUUUGAAAUAUCACAGUUAAAAAACUGUUUAGCCAUCUCGUUGUACUGUUUUUUAUAACCUUGAUGGAAGAAAGUUAUUCAGGAAUUUGUCGCGCUACCGCCACGCUCUAUACCUCACAAUGAUUAACAUUUAGUUGAGUGCUGUAUAGUGCAAGCCCAGCGCAUCCAGGUAGAUACCGCCUAGGUACGUCACGAUGGACCCCGGCCACUACGACACGAAUCGGCAACAGAAUCCCCGAGAAAGUGCUAAUAUAUUGUCGAAGUUAUGCUUUUGGUACACGCGUGGUAUAUUCGUGAAAGGUCAUAAAGGAGAACUAACUAUUUCAGAUUUGUACAGAUGCACGCCGGGGCACAGGGCGGCGCCGCGCGGCGACACGCUCGGCGCCAGCUGGAAAUACCAGUUGACGAAACGAGAGAGUGGCGGCAAUGCGUCCUUGUUGAAAGCAAUAGUAGCAGUCUACGGGUACAAGUUUAUUGUUGGAAAUUUAAUAUUUUCUUUAGUUGAAAGUACCAUAAGAUUAUCUAUACCGAUGUGUCUGGAGGGCAUGAUCAAUUACUUCUCCUCCUCGAACUCCGGUAUACCGGAGUCUCACGCCUAUCUCUACGCAUUUGGUGUGGUCGGGUUGCAGCUGGUGAACGCAAUAAUAAUGCAUCCGUUUUUCGUUUGGAUGCUAGCGAUGAGUAUGAAGUUGAGAGUUGCCUGUUCAUCUCUAAUUUAUCGAAAGCUGUUACGACUUGAUUUAACAGUAGGCGGGCAAGCGUCUGAGGGCCUGGCGGGCCACGUCAUCAAUUUGCUGACUACAGACGCGCAGCGCUUCGACAUGGCCAUCCUCUUCCUCGUUGACUUAGUCCGCACGCCCAUAGAGAGCGCCUUCAUAGUCUACCUCAUGUAUCGCCAGAUCGGUGUCUCCACUCUCUUUGGAGUCGCCUUUCUACUUCUCUUUAUACCACUUCAAGGCUAUCUCGGUACAAUCUCGAGCAAGCUGCGGCAUCGGACGACCGUACUCACGGAUAACCGCAUCCGGCUGAUGAACGAGGUGAUACAGAGCAUCGAAACCAUCAAGAUGUACGCCUGGGAGAACGCUUUCUCCAAAAUCAUUGGUGAAGCCAGAAAACAAGAAAUGAAGAUAUUGAAAAAGAUGUGCUGGUUGCACGCAGUCAUGACAUCUUGUGUUAAAUUGAAUACGAAAGUUGCCAUAUUUAUUAGCAUUCUUUCUUUCAUUUACUUCGACAACGACCUAACGGCGGCGAAGGUUUUCGUCAUAUUCUACUACUAUGAGAACCUCAAGUAUACUCUGGUGGAUUUCCUGCCGAUGGCGAUUGCUUUCGUGUUGGAAGCUUACGUGAGCGUGAAGAGGAUGCAGGAGUUUCUAUUGCUGCCGGAGGUAAACAACAACGACGGUGUCGACUUAUUACGUAUUCACGAGGAGAGCAAGCCGGUGCACAAGAAUGGCGUGUAUGAAAAAGUACACACUGAGCCACCAGAAGAAGAAAUUGAGUUAAAAACGACAAGCGUAAAGUCCGACGUCUUAGUAAGAAUGGAGAACUUCUCCGUUAGGUGGAAGUCUUCUGGUGAUGAAGCGAAUAAUAUACCAGCUCUCACGGAUAUCAAUUUAAUAAUUCGAGCUGGCACCUUGACGACAGUGGUGGGUGCGGUAGGCGCGGGCAAGACAACACUACUGGAAGCCGUGCUGCGGGAGCUGACACAGUGCGCCGGCACAUUGCUCGUCGACGCACGCCUCGCCUACGCCGCACAGGAACCCUGGCUCUUCGACGCAUCCAUACGUCAGAACAUACUCUUUGGCGAGGAAAUGGAUAUGCAGCGCUAUAAGAUGGUACUGGAAUGCUGCCAAUUGCAGAGCGACCUCGAGAUUUUGACCCACGGUGACAGAACCGUUGUCGGUGAGAGAGGCUCUUCUCUGUCGGGUGGGCAGAGAGCACGUGUGUCGUUGGCUCGCUGCGUUUAUCAGCAGGCGGAUCUCUAUCUACUCGACGACCCGCUGGCAGCUGUAGAUGCUAAGGUGGCGCAGGCAAUUUACGAAAAAUGCGUCCGUGGGUUCUUGCGAGAUCGCGCGGUGGUGCUGGUGACGCACCAGGCGCAGUACACGCGCCACGCUGACAACAUGUGCGUCAUGCGCGACGGCAUGAUUGUUGCACAGGGCACUUACUCGGAACUUCAGGAAACUUUACUAGAAUUUGAGAGGCUAGUUGAAAAUGUUGAGGUAAACCAGGGUACACAGAAGAAAGCAAAGGAAAACGAUGAGAAAUUGAAGGAGGAAAACGCAAUGCGUCUCAAACGUACAAUAUCUGUGACAUCGAAGAUUUCUUAUGACGCGAAUCCUAUUGACGCCGAUUAUGAAGGUGAGGUGCAGAACAAGGGCACCAUAGAUAGCAGCGUGUAUCUGGCGUACGUUAAGAGUGGGGGCAGCGCGUUUUCCAUGGUCUGCCUCUUCUCGCUCUUCAUCUGCGCACAGCUCUUCUACUCCAGCACUGACGUGUGGAUGAAAGAGUGGGUGAAUCUAGAAGAAUCCAACAACAUCUACUAUCGCAAUAUGACACAAGGAAAUCUCACUUCUAAUUUAACUUUUCCCGAUGUUGAUACUAUACAGAAUCCGUCCAACUACUUGCAGCUGAGUCGGGAACAGUGCAUCUACAUAUACGGGGCUCUCAUCGUCGUCUGCAUCGUCUUCACCUGGAACAAACUGGUCGUCUUCUACAACAUCUGCAUCAAGGCCUCCAUCAAUUUACACGAUUCCAUGUUCCGAGGAGUUACGAACGCUCCGAUGUGGUUCUUUCACCAUAACCCCUCAGGCCGCAUCCUGAACCGCUUCUCCAAGGACAUAGGGCAGGUGGACUCCUCUUUGCCGGUCACUUUACUAGAUUGUAUCGGUUUCUUUCUGGAAAUCGUGUCAGUGCUGGUGGUGGUGUGCCUGGCCAACUGGUGGCUGCUGCUGCCGACCGCGGUGGUGGCCUUCCUGCUCUUCCUCCUGCGGGAGCUGUUUCUCGGCACCAGUCGGGAGCUGAAGCGGAUAGAAGCCAUCGCUCGCAGCCCAAGCUUGAACCAGGCGGCGGCGACUGUGUCGGGGUUGACGACGAUCAGGUCGUUCAGGUCGCGGCAGAGGGUGUUGGCGCAAGAGUUCGACAAGCUGCAGGACCUGCACAGCUGCGCCUGGACCCUCGUGCUCGACACUAACCAGGCCUUCGGCUUCUGGAUGGACAUGGUCUGCUGUCUCUACCUCGUCUUCGUUACAUUUAGUUUCUUUAUAUUUGCAAGUGAAGAGAACCGCGGCGGCAACGUGGGCCUGGCCAUCACGCAGGCCAUCGGACUCGUGGGCAUGUGCCAGUUCGGCAUGAGGCAGACCGCUGAUGUUGAGAAUCAGAUGACAUCGGUGGAAAGAAUUUUGGAAUACAGCAAUCUCCCAGCCGAGGAACCUAUGGAAGUCGACAUGAAAGCUUUUAAAGAACAGUAUCCGAACUUAGACUUUGACAAGUGGCCCGAGAAAGGGGAAAUUGUAUUUGAGAACGUUUUCGUGGAGUAUGAGAAACCACCGAAAAAGGAGAAGGAGGGCUCGGCGGUCGGAUGCGAGAAAGCGGAGGAGCCCUCGUACGCCGUGCGCGGCGUGAGCUUGGUGGUGCGCGCGGGCGAGAAGGUGGCGGUGGUGGGGCGCACGGGCGCCGGCAAGAGCUCGCUGGUGGCGGCGCUGUUCCGGCUGGCGCGGGUGUUGGGGCGCGUGACGGUGGACGGCGUGCGCGCGGAGGCGUGCGGGCUGCGCGCGUGGCGGUCGCGGCUGUGCGCGCUGCCGCAGCGGGCCGCGCUGUUCGCCGCCACGCUGCGCGACAACCUCGACCCCGAGCGGCGCUACGGCGACGCGCAGCUGUGGGCGGCGCUGGAGCGCGUGCGGCUGCGCGCGGCGGCCGCGGGCCUGCCGGGCGGGCUGGCGGCGCGCGUGGGCGACGCGGGCGGCACGCUCUCGGCCGGCCAGCGCCAGCUGCUGUGUCUGGCGCGCGCCGCGCUCGCCGGCCGCGCCGUGCUCGUGCUGGACGAGGCCACGGCCAACGUGGACACCGAGACUGACGAGCACAUCCAGGCGACGCUGCGCACGACGUUCGCGCAGGCCACGGUGCUCACCAUCGCGCACCGCCUCAACACCGUCAUGGACUACGACCGCGUCAUCGUCAUGGACAAGGGUCGUGUGGUGGAAUCAGGUCAUCCAUUCGAACUGCUGACGUCAGAAGACCAGAGGUCUCGUGGAGAUGAAGAUCAUUUAAAUAGGCACAAUGCGGAUAAUCCGGGUAUUUUCAAGUCCUUAGUCCAGCAAACCGGACCAGAGACCGCGGCCAUGCUGCACAAGUUGGCCUCCGAGAGUUACCAGAAAUUUAAAGCAAAGUCAGAAGCGAUUGUGGAUUAUUCAAGGUCGUGACUUCUGCGGGCGACGCGACGCGACGCGAGCGCGCCACUCACGUGACACGACGCGACGCAUCUUAUUAUCGUUGUUUCUUUUGUAUUUAUUAAAAAAUAUAUUACGUUAAAUGUAAAUAUAAAGAAUCAAAUU